ACCCGUAUGUCACCCAGAGGGGCCGCCGGGGGCCCGGGGACGCCCAGCAAGAGGAGCCGGUGUGGGCGCUUCCGAUGGACACGGCGGUGUACGAGAGCCCGUACGCGGACCCGGAGGAGCUCCGGCCCGACGCCGUGGAGCUGGACCGCGGCCUGCUCACCCUGGAGGACGGGGAGCUCGGGGCCGGGAACUUCGGCACCGUCAGGAAGGGCUUCUACCGCAUGAAGAAGGGAGACAAGGCGGUGGCGGUGAAGAUCCUGAAGGACGGUGGUGGCGGCGGCGGCGGGGUCGGGUCCGGCGGCGUGGACGAGGCGGUGAAGGAGGAGCUGCUGCGGGAGGCCGACGUGAUGCGGAGGCUCGACAACCCCUACAUCGUCCGCAUGAUCGGCCUCUGCCGCGCCGAGGCCUGGAUGCUCGUCAUGGAGCUCGCCGACCUCGGGCCCCUCAACAAAUACCUGCAGAAGAACCGUCACGUGCAGGCCCGGAACCUGACGGAGCUGGUGCACCAGGUGUGCAUGGGCAUGCGCUACCUGGAGGAGCACAGCUUCGUGCACCGCGACCUGGCGGCGCGCAACGUCCUGCUGGUGACGCAGCACUACGCCAAGAUCAGCGACUUCGGCCUCUCCAAGGCCCUCGGCGCCGACCAGAACUACUACAGGGCGCAGACGCACGGGAAGUGGCCGGUGAAGUGGUACGCCCCGGAGUGCAUCAACUACUACACGUUCUCCAGCAAGAGCGACGUGUGGAGCUUCGGGGUGCUCAUGUGGGAGGCCUUCUCCUACGGGCAGAAGCCCUACAAGGGCAUGAAGGGCAGCGAGGUGUCGGCCAUGCUGGAGAAGGGGGAGCGGAUGCAGAGCCCGGAGGGCUGCCCGGCGGAGGUCUACGACCUCAUGAACCUCUGCUGGACCUACAAGGUGGAGGAGCGUCCGGAUUUCGCGGCGGUCGAGCUGCGCCUGCGCAAUUACUACUACGACAUCUCCAACUAGACGCCACCGCCGCCCUGAAGACCCCCGGGAUCUCCGGAUGCCCCCCCCCCCCCCCCGAGCUACUUGCUGAGCGCUUCCUCGGGGCCGAGCGCUGUGCUGAGCGCUGGGCCGAGGGAGCCGACGGUCGCUUGUGGCCCGGGGGGGGGGCCUCAGUUUCCCCCACUGCGCAGGGAGUCGGGCCGGGGUGGACGUGGAGGUUGCGAUUUCUAAUAAAACGACAGAACGGAGGAGGAAGGCGUCUCCCAAAUAGCCUCCGGGGCUUCUCUCGCCCCCACCGACUGCCCGGGCGAUCGAU